GCCACGCUUCCGCCUCCUCUCCACUAACACACACAAUGAGCUUCUUUCAGUCUCUCUGAGGAAGCUCAGAAAGACAACAAUUAUCUGUUAAGUUGGAGCAAUCAGAAAAAUGUCCAUCAAAUCGACAUGUGCCACACAUCAGAUGUCGAAGUGAUUGCUGAGCAACGUAAAAUGAUAUAUUUUUACACAAGAACACAACGCUCUGCCCAGCCUAGGAAUCGAACCCAUGAUCUCAUAAUCGUGAGUGCAACACCUUAAACACUAGGGCCACGGAGUAAACGCCAAAACUUCGAGGAAAGGCAGUAUAUGUAAAGGGAAAUAAAGAGGAUUUAACUAGAUUUCAAAGGUACAUAACUCUAACACUACUAAGUUUCUCGAUUAAAAAUGGCAGCCGAGGAAGUCCACAAUAACGAUCAGGAUUCUGUGAAAGGAUCAAAGGCGAAGAAAGUCGCCAAACAUGAUUCAGGAGCGGCUGACUUGGAAAAGGUUACGGAUUUUGUCGAAGAAUAUGAAAUAUCUUCAUAUAGCAUCCAGGAUGCUAUGAAGGUGAUGAAUGAUCGGAAAACAAAAGAAGUUAGUGAGAAACAAGAAAAAGAAAAAGAACUCUCCAAAGUGAAAAUUAAUAAAGAAGACGUUGAUUUAAUUGUAGAAGAGUUUGAAAUAAGUCGGAUGAUGGCUGAAAGAAAACUUCGAGAACAUAAAGGCAGAAUAGUUGAUGCAUUAGUAGCUUUGACUAAUUAACUUAAACUAAUUAAAAAUUUAAUACAGGAAAAUAAA